GAUGGACCAGAGACUGCGGACACAGUACAGGAGAUGACCAGAGACUGCGGACACAGUACAGGGGAUGACCAGAGACUGCGGACAUAGUACAGGGGAUGACCAGAGACUGCGGACACAGUACAGGAGAUGACCAGAGACUGCGGACAUAGUACAGGAGAUGGACCAGAGACUGCGGACACAGUACAGGAGAUGACCAGAGACUGCGGACACAGUACAGGGGAUGACCAGAGACUGCGGACAGUACAGGAGAUGACCAGAGACUGCGGACACAGUACAGGAGAUGACCAGAGACUGCGGACACAGUACAGGAGAUGACCAGAGACUGCGGACA